GUCUCUAUGACUAUCAACUUCACUAAAAGUGGCAUUUAAUUUGUUUGUUCUCAGUUUUGAAAUGUACUAUAAUUUAAUUAAGCAAUUUGUGUCGUGCAGUGAAUAAAAUGGUGCAUUGAUUUAAAUAAUAUUUUGUUUAGUGAUAAUAUAAAACAGCACUUCAAGUGCUACAGUUACUGGACGGCGUUUAUUGGAUAUUAAGGUCGGGCUAUGCGGUGCAUUUUCACAUCUUUAUCUGUAUAUAUCUGGACUAACAAACUGUGUAACUGAUGAAUCAAUCUUCUCUAUAAUAAAUUAAAUACCAUCGAAAAAUAUAAUUGGCAAAAGUCGAUAACUGCUCCAACAUUCAAAAGUUUAUCCAAAUAUGCCUGUGUCAAGAAGGAGCAGGUAUGGACCUCAUAUGGCAUCAGCCCAUGUACCAGUUCUGGUACCAGAAGAAAGAAAUAGACACAAUAUCAGUGUCUCACAAUCGGAACCAGAUUUAUCAACAAUGACCAAGGAACAAUUGAAGGCUGAAUGUAGACGUAGAGGACAAAAAACGACAGGAACCAAAACCGAACUGUUACAACGGCUCGGACAUAAAAUGUCGACGGGGUCGAACUCGUCACAACAUCGCAGUCCUAAAUCGUCUGCCAUCAACACACCUUUGCAAAAAAAUGGAGAUGCUGUACAUACAAAACCAACACAUAAUCCUUCAGCAAAUGCUGGACAACGAGAUAAACAUAAAGCAGAACGCGAAGGUCUUGUACUAUGGAGGAGGCCUUUUACCACACUAAAAUAUUCAACACUUGAAUCAUGGAUGCUCCUACAAACAUACGGCAGAAAAGUUAGGGAAUACAAGAAAACAGUAGUCUUUUUAAUAUCUUUAUUACUUGUAAUGACGGCUUUGUGUCGAAUACAAGGUCCACACCAGGAAUGGGUCGCACUAAUUAGGAGUAAUGUCUGGUGGGUAGUUUAUUGGACAGGGCUCGGAGUGUUAUCCUCAGUGGGUCUAGGAACAGGCCUGCACACGUUUUUACUUUAUUUAGGACCACAUAUAGCAGCUGUUACAAUAGCUGCAUAUGAAUGUGGGGCUCUCAAUUUUCCGGAACCACCUUAUCCAGAAGAUAUUAUUUGUCCUACGGAGCCUAAUCCGCGCAUGGCUGCUUCUAUAUGGAACAUCAUGUCUAAGGUUCGAGUUGAAGCAUUUUUAUGGGGAGCUGGUACAGCGUUAGGAGAAUUGCCACCAUAUUUUAUGGCAAGAGCUGCUAGAUUGUCAGGUUACGAUCCUUCCGACGCUGACGAUUUAGCAGAGUUUGAAGAACUUCAACGCAAAAAAUCUGAAGGAACUUCUCUUAGUUUAGUAGACAGAGCAAAACUUGAGGUUGAGCGUUUAGUAGAAAAAGUUGGAUUCUUUGGAAUACUUGCUUGCGCUAGUAUUCCGAAUCCUUUAUUUGAUUUAGCCGGGAUAACAUGUGGCCAUUUUCUGGUACCGUUCUGGACAUUCUUUGGUGCAACUCUAAUUGGAAAGGCAAUUAUCAAAAUGCACAUACAAAAAGUUUUCGUAAUAAUAGCAUUUAAUGAAGCACUUAUCGAGAAAGCUGUGCAGUUAUUAGAAUUAGUCCCAAUAGUCGGUAUGAAACUUCAAGAGCCAUUUAAAAAGUUUCUGGAAAAUCAAAAAACAAGGAUGCAUCGUAAAUCAAGCUCAUCUAGUCCGCCUGUAGAAUCUGGAAAUUUAUUGGCAUAUAUUUUUGAAAAAGUAGUAAUUCUGAUGAUCCUAUAUUUCGUUAUUUCAAUAGUUAAUUCAUUAGCGCAAAGUUACCAUAAACGAAUUCACAAAAGAUCUGGACCGAGACGCAAAAUUGCUCGAGAUUAGGAAAUUUUAUCUCAUAAAUUGUGCAAAAUAGAAUAUAUGAAUGUAGAUAAAUCGAUAAAGAUUAGAUUAUUUUAUGUCUGUAAUUUUUUCUGGAUGGUUAAAUUAUAGUGUUAAUUUUAGGGUGUGAUUUUAUUUAAACUUGUGCUACAUUAUUAGUGAGUAAUACUAAACAUAUUG